AUGUCCACUGCUUGCCCCACCUCAUCUGAGCAGGUUGUAGAAGGUGAUCAGGUUUGUCAAGCACGAUUUGCCCUUGGAAUUGUUUCAAUUAUGACUCUCACUGUUCUUGCCUAUGAACGCUACAUUCGAGUAGUCCAUGCAAAAGUGAUUGAUUUCUCUUGGUCUUGGCGGGCUAUCACAUACAUCUGGCUCUACUCACUAGCCUGGACUGGAGCACCUCUUUUGGGCUGGAACAGAUACACACUGGAAAUUCAUGGAUUGGGUUGCUCAGUGGAUUGGAAAUCAAAAGACCCCAAUGAUACCUCCUUUGUGCUUCUUUUUUUCCUUGGCUGUCUAGUAGCACCUGUUGGGAUCAUGGCCUAUUGCUACGGCCAUAUUCUAUAUGCAGUAAGAAUGCUUCGCUGUGUCGAAGAUUUCCAGACUGUUCAAGUGAUCAGACUUCUAAAAUAUGAAAAGAAGGUGGCUAAAAUGUGUUUCUUAAUGAUCUCUACAUUCCUUAUUUGUUGGAUGCCCUAUGCAGUGGUCUCUCUCCUGGUAACAUAUGGCCACAGCAAUGUUGUAACUCCAACUGUAGCUAUCAUCCCAUCUUUCUUUGCCAAGUCAAGCACAGCCUAUAAUCCAGUAAUCUAUAUCUUCAUGAACAGAAAGUUUCGACGAUGCCUUUUGCAACUCCUGUGCUUUCGCCUGAUGAGGUUCCAGAGGACUGUGAAAGAGAAACCAUCAACAGAGAAUGACAAACCAAUCCGACCAAUAGUUAUGUCUCAGAAAGCGGGGGAUAGACCAAAGAAGAAAGUGACUUUCAGCUCUUCAUCUGUAAUUUUUAUUAUCACCAGUGAUGACACUCAGCAAAUAGAUGACAACAGUAAAUACAAUGGGACAAAAGUAAAUGUCAUCCAAGUAAAGCCACUGUAG